GCGUAAUCACGGCGGCACUGUGUAGUGUGUAAUGUGUGGUAGAGAUCUCUACAUUGAAUCUUAACGUGAAUACUAAAGAUUGAAAAUGUCUGAAAAUAUCGAGAAAAAACCGGUAAAGAGGGUGAUGCAUAGCCCUGAUAUUAUCAGUGCUGCUAUAGCCAGCAUCAAAGCCAAAGAAUCAUCCAUCAGAGUGGCGGCCUUAAAAUAUGGAAUACCGUUGAGCACCUUGCACGACAAGCUCCGUGGGAAACGCCCACUCGUACCCCACAAAAACACCCUUCUUUUGCCAGAAGAAGAAGACCGGCUGGCAAACUGUCUGAUCCACUUAGCACAUCGAGGGUUCGGAAAAACCCAUCAAGAAAUCAGGGAGACAGCUAAAGCCAUUAUGGCAACUAGAAAUGCUUCCUCUGAAAGCAAAUUCGGAAUGCCUUCUACCCAGUGGCUUUAUGGGUUUUUAAAGCGACACCCUGAACUAACGACAAGAACCCCCCUUCCACUGGGGAAAGAAAGAGCAACAGUUACUGCAGCUGCUGUUGAAAGAUGGUUCGUUUCAUUCAAGGCAUGUAUUGAUGGGAUAGACCCAACGCUGUUAGAAUCCCCAGAACGUAUAUUUAAUGCUGAUGAGACGGGUUUUUGUUUUGAUGCUAAAAGCAGAAGAGUGGUAGCUCACAAAGGUUCAAAACAUGUUUACAAUGUUACCUCUAAAACAAAAACCCAAGUAACUGUGUUAGCAUGCGCUAGUGCUGUGGGUCAGUACACUCCACCUAUGUUAAUAUAUCCCUACAAAAGAAUCCCCAACCGGAAUCUACUGGAAGAAUUCCCGGAAGCACAUUUGCAGGUAUCAGAUAACGGGUGGAUAAAUGCAGGGAUAUUCCAUUCCUGGCUCAGGGACAGCUUCAUCCCAUCAGUACAAAAUGUUAAAAAGCCAGUCCUCUUGUUGGUAGAUGGCCACACCAGCCAUACUUCACAACUUGAGACCUCAGAAUUGUGUUCCGACAAUGACAUAAUUUUGUAUUGCCUCCUUGCAAAUGCCAGCCACCUGAUGCAGCCACUGGAUCAGGUGUUUUUUGGAGCAAUCAAAUCAGCCUGGUCCGAUGCCAUUCGAAAGCACGUCAAUGAAACUGGUGAGGGUGUCAAACUAGAAUCGUUUGCCAAAGUACUUAAACCAGUUUGGGACCGAAUCGCCACCCCCGAAAUCGCCUCGAAAAGUUUUCAGGCUGCUGGGAUAUGUCCUUUUAAUCCUGGCAAGGUUAUAAAAUCUAAGAAAUUAGGACCGAGCUUGGCGUACUCUACUACUCCAGUUGAUUUAAAUGGAACAAUUAACAGUGUCACUGAAUCCACUCCUGAAUUCCAUCAGCCAGAAAAUACCCCUGAUCUAGAAAAUCAAAGCCAGAAUCUCAUCCCACUUUCUGAAUGUCAGGGCCAAAUUAUCGUUCUUCCACCUCUUUGUUUUAAAAAUGAAGACCCGCUCAAUCCUCAACCAUCCACAUCUGCUUUAGAUUUUGAAAAUGAAGUCACGCUCAAUCCCCAGCCAACUAAAUCUGCUUUAGAAUUUGAAAACGAUGUCCCGAUACAGCCUCUACCAUCAACCUCUUCAUUAGAAAACGAUGUCGUAUCUACUUUUGAUGACGAAAGCCGAUUUGCUACACAACAAUCAACCUCCACUCAAAUUUCAGUUAUUCAAGCAACCAAUAAUUCAAAAACCGGUCUUGAGUUAAAUUCACGGCAGUUGAAAGCCCUCAUGGAGUAUACCCUUUUUGUUUCAGAUGACAUUUCAAAAAAACACCUUCUGUCAUUUUUUUCAAGACUCGCAAACAACCUGACAUCAGAUUUCUUAGAUCCUCGCGAGGAAAACGAUUAUAAAAAGUUUAAAGAGCUAUCUCUUUCCCUUCUCAGUGCAUGUGAAGCUACUGCUAGUGGGGAACAAGUUCCCAAAGCCUCACUCUCUGUAGACGAUAUUUUAAAAAUCCCUAAUUUCGCCUCAAAAAAGGGCAAAGGCAAAAAAAGAAAAUGGCCAUCAAUGCCGAAUCUUGUUAGCGGGGAUGAGUUUCGAGAGGCUCUACGAAAAAAGAUUAAGGAGAAAGAAGAGAUCAGGAAAAGAAAAGUAGACAACAAACAUCAGAGGGAUGAAAUCAAAAAGAAGAAACAAGAAAUGAAAGAGUACCGAAAGGUACUGAGAGAGAAAGAAAGAAAAGAAAGGCAAAGUAAUUAGUUAAAA